CAUACUAUGCUUUGACCAGAACGUCAGACGUACGAAGUCACCUUAAAAAUUUUCCUUAGUCCAAAGAAACCGUAACGUAAACACAGCAUGGCGUCUACCCAAGAUUUGGAAGCAUUCGAGGCGGGGGGCAAAGGUCUCCAGGAUGGCGAGCAGCAGCCCAGAGCCUACCGCAUAGUGAUGAGUGUACUCAUGCUGAUUCUGUUCAAUAUGACCCUUAUUGCGGUCAUCAUUGGCUUCUAUAUGUAUAUCCAAAGCAGCUCUGAAAAGGACAGCCAGAGCGUAAUGAAUGGGGUCUACUGUGUGUUAGCAAUCGCUCUCUUCGUGGGUCUGUAUCAGAUGGGCGACAUGUCCAAGGACAACCCCCAUUUCUAUUACAUUUAGGCCGGGGACGAGGCUGAUGUCGUGGCCGUUGCCGUGGCACGUUCCUUUUGCACAAUCAACUCUAUAAACCGUUUCCAUCUACCGCUAUGGGCACUCACCGUCACCCUCACCGUCACCAGCACCCUGGCCCUAAACUAAUUUAAUUAUAGCUUUCUUUUGUGCGGCCGCGGCAUGAAUUGUAUUGCAUUAAGUGGCAGUGACACGCAAGUCCUCGCACACGGCAUGCCAAAUUCAUAAUUGAUAAGUGCAAGGAAGAACCUACUCGAAUUACCGAACAUUCAUUCAAAUAUAUUUCUCAGCUGACGUCAACUCAGGAUGCCACACACAUUUUUGUCAUUCCCAACUCUACACUUAUAAAAUACAGAAACACAUUCAAACCCCAACUGGAAACGCGUACAUUAGUUUUUUUUCUUUCCCUUUUUUUAGUGAUUUAGUUUGUUUCAUAAAUCAAAAAUUGUUAAAUCGUGUUAGUACUUUUUUUUUCUUUGUAUAAAUUUUCUCGAUAAAUCGAAAUUGUAUUAGUCA